AUGGUGGGACUGUAUUCGGACAGACUACCGGAUGUGGACUGGUUCCUCAAUAUAGCUGCUUCUCCUUGUUCGCCGACACUUGUCCCACCAAAAAAGAAAUCCAUAGGUUUUCCGAGGAAAAGGCAACGACGAUCGUGCCAGCAACAACUGCACGUUGUCGAUUCGCCAACUGGUGAAAUCGAUUAUCAUUCGACAAACAUGAAACCUCCGCUGAGUUAUGCUCAGCUGAUUAUGGAUGCAAUGGCAGAACGUCAGGUGGAGAAGAUCACGCUCUCUGAGAUCUAUGAGUACGCGGUCCGACGUUACGCCUAUUACAGAAGCUCCAAGGGACCCUGGAAGGUUGGCGUAAUUACCUCAUUACCUGUAAUUUUCUCU